UAUCUUGUAGAAAAUUAUUAUAUUUAAAAAUAUAAAAUGUAAUAUAAAAAUUAUAUAUAAGCUUGAUUUGUUUAACGAAGAAUCAGUACUAAUAAUUAGGUACAAAAUUUAAAUGUCGCGCUUGAGAUUGCUAAUUCAUCAUCGGUGCGCCCUCUUGAACAUAACAUUCAUAAAUCGAAUUUGCUUUCUGUGAAGGAAAUUUGUGUUAUUAUAGAUUUGUUAUUACGAAUACUAUUUUUAUAUACUGCAAUUAAUAAUACCUUAAGAAGUUUCUAUGUUAUUACUUAGUAUUAAUAAAGUUAUAAUAAAUGCGAAUACAUAACCUUAUACUUGAAGUAUUGUUAUUAUAACCAAAUUACAAUUAAAUAUUUGUAUGAUAUGGAAGUACUCAAAGAAUGUUCGGCAUAUUUAAGUAAUUAUGAAGUUUUGGACAUUUUGCAAAAUAUAAAGGCAAAUAAAAAACAAAAAAUGAAACAAAACCAAUUGGCAACCAUAACUUAUCAGACUGUAAGGUACUUGGAAGAAACACCAUGUAAAGGUCAAUCUCCAGAAAAAAUUAAAAAUUUUCUGAAAGCAGUGGAAUCUUUUAAGUUGACAAAAUGUGAAAAACUAACUCUUUUAAAUUUGUGUCCCAAAACACCUCUUGAAAUACAAUUGAUUGUAGAGGAUAGUGAAGACCGUUUAACAGAAGAAGAAGUACUAUCUUUACUUCAAGUGAUAACAAAUUAUUUAGGUGAAGAUCAGUUGGAUGAUAAAGAUGGGUAAUAUGUUUUUGCAUUUUAACUUUCCACCUUUUAAAACAUUUUAUAUGUUAGGUACAUCUUGUAUGUUAUGUACAUUUUAUUUGUAAUAAACGGAAAUAAAAAUAGUAUAAUAUUAAAUACAAUUAUGCAAGUAAAAUUGGCCCAUU